AUGUCGCGCGACGCCAAGCACGUCCUCGAAACGCGCAUCCACGAUGCCGCCGCAGAGUUUGGCCUGCCCAACGUUGCCUACGAGUCGUUCCAGCUCAAGCACAUCUACUCGCUCCCGCUGACGGCAUCGGAUCUCGUCUACGCCACCACAGCCCUCCUCGAAGUGCCGGCCAAGUCAAGUCCAGGCGCCGAGUCGGUCAUCGCCGGUGUCGCCGCCGCCGCGCCCGAGGUCCUCCGCGCCGCCUCGCGCUCGUCAAGCGAGAUGCAGGCCAACUUUUGGGCCGCCUACGACGCCCUGCACCUCCGCAACGAGGCCAAGCUCAAGCUCGGCCUCGACCACGCCAUCGACGUCCAGCGCGCCAUUGUCCGUCAGGGCACUUCGCUCAUCGAGUCGCGCGCCAUCGUCCCCUCGGGCCCCUUCCGCUAUGCCUUUAUCACAGACUCGCCCGACCUGCCGUACUUUGUCCACCCACUCGCCCUCACCAAGCUCGCCAACUUUCUCGUCGACACGCUGCGCGAGGCCGGCAAGGCGCCCAAGCCGUUUGUCAUGGCCGCGCUCAACAAGGAUGCUGACUCGUACCUCGUCGUCGGCGUCUCGGGUGCCGCCCGCUUUGGCUCUGUCGCCAAGAACACCUUUGGCCAGGCCUUUGUCGCCGCCGCCGACGCCACGCAGGUCUCGGCCAAGUUUGACUGCUUCGAGUCGUCUUUUGUCGACGUCAAGCGCGAAGACAUGACGAACUUUCUCGAACAUCUGCAUCACGAUCUCUUUGCAUGAUCUGUGGUGAGCUAGCUACACCUGCGCAGUCGGGAAGAGUUAGGGCUCACGACGUUGUGUGUGUGGGCUGCUCCAGAGACGAGUACGAGGGUAAAACAUAGAACAAAUGCC